AUGAAGUUACGACAGUGUCGCGAGAGUACCCAUGAAGAACAAAGAGCGGGAAAGAAAUCAUACGAAGUCUACAAGUCCGAAUUCGUCCAUUUUGAUGAUGUUCGAGGGACAACUCUUCUGAAAAAAAAUCUUUCGCUACGUGCUAUGGAAUCAUAUGUGUUAGCAGACCCAGGAUGCUCCUCUGGAAUUGCUGAUUUACUUGGGGCUGGUAUUAGUGCUUGA